AUGCGAUCGUCAAUCAUUCCAGCGUUCGCCGCGCUCUUCCUGUUGCUACCCUCCGCCAAAGCCGCGGUCGCAUGGCCACUAUCACUGUUACAGGAGCUGGAGGGAAGGGCACUCGAAAAACGAUGCGAUAAUCCUUGUGGUGUGGAGAGCCAGUAUUGCUGUGCCGCAAGUGAAGUCUGCUACACAAACAGUGCGGACAUAGCAGAAUGUACCGAUUCCAGUGGAUGGGAGUACUACACAUCGACCUACACCCUAACAGAAACCGAUACAUCCACCAUCACUACAGUCUGGAGCUCCCAUAUUACUGCUACUGCCACUGCUGCUAUGACCACAGCAUUCUGCAGCUCUGAGCUAGGCGAAUCCACGUGUGGAACCAAAUGUUGUGGCGCCGCAGAGGAGUGUGUGGAUGGUCAAUGUGUUGCUGAGAGUUCUUCUGCUGCAGUUACAGGCACACCCGCUGCACGAGGCACAAGCAGUGGCUGGACAACUGCGACAGCAUCAGUCACUACAACGGAAGGAUACAUUGCGCCAGUAAGCACCGAUGGAUCACAGCUGAUCGGAGCCAAAUCAAGCAAUGGAGGCGGGCUUAGUGGUGGUGCAAUUGCAGGAAUUGUGAUCGGAACAAUUGCAGGAGUUGCUCUGCUGUUACUUCUGUGUGCCUGCAUCUGCUUCAAAGAAGCUCUGGAUGGUCUGCUUGCCGCACUGGGUAUGGGCCGACGCAAGAAGAAGCAGGAAACGAUUAUCGAGGAACGCUACUCACACCAUUCGCAUGGAAGUCGACCUCGUCCUCAAGGUGGUCGCACUUGGUUCGGCACUCGACCAGCAGCGAGCGAAGUCAGUGAGAAGAAUUCGAAGUGGAGUGGCUGGGGUACUCUUGCCAUUAUUCUGGGGGCUUUGGCGCUGUGCCUGGGCCUGAGACGACACAAAGACCGGGACCAUAGCGAUGACAGAACCGACAACACUUACCCAAGCUCAUACUAUUACUACUCAGACUACACCCGAAUGAUAGCUCUGGAAGACGAACCCGAGAUACACGGCGGUCACGACGAUCUCGCACACGUUCACGACGUUAAUGAUUGA